GCGUGGCUCCCUUGGGCUGGCGGGAGGGGCCGGAGGCUCGCGAGGGGCGGGGGCGGCGCGCGACGGCGGCGGAGCGUAGGGGAGGGGACCGGAGAGGAGGGGAUGAGCACACGGGAGGGGAGAGGAGGGAGACCCGCCGCCUCCCUCCCUCCCUAGCUGACUUGCUCUCUCCCGGGCUGCGGCUGCUGCAAAAGCCAGCAGCGGCAGCGGGAGCUGUCCGGAGGCCGGCGUCGAGGGUUUGCCGCUGUCUCUGCUAUUCCAUCCUCCCCAAAGGGGCUCUCUCCCCUCUCCCAUCUCAAGAUGGCAGCCAGCAGCUCUGAGGUCUCUGAGAUGAAGGGGGUUGAGGAGAGUCCCGAGGUUCCAGGCAAAGGGCCUGGCCAUUCUGAAGCUGAAACUGGUCCUCCCCAGGUCCUAGCAGGGGUACCAGACCAGCCAGAGGCCCUGCAGCCAGGCCCAGACACCACUGCAGCCCUUGUGGACUCAGGGCCCAAGGCUGGGCUGGCUCCAGAAACCCCAGAGACCCCCGCUGGGGCCUCAGAAACAGCCCAGGCCACAGACCUCAGCUUAAGCCCAGGAGGGGAAUCAAAGGCCAACUGCAGCCCCAAACAGCCAUGCCAAGAAACAGUGUCCAAACCAGAAGUGAGCAAAGAGGCCACUGCAGACCAGGGGUCCAGGCUGGAGUCUGCAGCCCCACCUGAACCAGCCCCAGAGCCUGCUCCGCAGCCAGACCCCCAGCCAGAUUCCCAGCCCACCCCCAAGCCAGCCAUUCAACCAGCGCUCCCUACCCAGGAGGACCCCACCCCUGAGAUUCUGUCUGAGAGUGUGGAGGAAAAGCAAGAGAAUGGGGCAGUGGUGCCCCUGCAGGCUGGUGAUGGGGAAGAGGGCCCAGCCCCUGAGCCUCACUCGCCACCCUCAAAAAAAUCCCCCCCAGCUAAUGGGGCUCCCCCCCGAGUGCUGCAGCAGCUGGUUGAGGAGGAUCGAAUGGGAAGGGCGCACAGUGGGCAUCCAGGAUCUCCCCGAGGUAGCCUGAGCCGCCACCCCAGCUCCCAGCUGGCAGGUCCUGGGGUGGAGGGGGGUGAAGGCACCCAGAAACCUCGGGACUACAUCAUCCUUGCCAUCCUGUCCUGCUUCUGCCCCAUGUGGCCUGUCAACAUCGUGGCCUUCGCUUAUGCUGUCAUGUCCCGGAACAGCCUGCAGCAGGGGGACGUGGACGGGGCCCAGCGUCUGGGCCGUGUGGCCAAGCUCUUAAGCAUCGUGGCACUGGUGGGGGGAGUCCUCAUCAUCAUCGCCUCCUGCGUCAUCAACUUAGGCGUGUAUAAGUGAGGGGCUCUGCCCCACAUCCCAAGACUUUUCUUCCUGUUGGGAGCUGCCUUGGGCCCAUCCCUCCCCUGGGGGGAGCCCAACUGAUGGCCCUGGCCCCCACCCCUAAGGACCAAGGGAGCCUGAGCAGCCUUGUUUACAGCUUCUGUCCUGCUCCUGCAUCUUGCCAGGCUCCUCUGCCAACUGUAGGCCUCCCUCAUCCCUGCACUGGUUCCAACCUCCCUGCACUUCUGCCUGCAUCCCCUCCAGCCUCUUGGCCCCCUAUCCCUGCACUUCUGGAAACCUCCCUGCACUCUGGAAACCUCCCUGAACACCUCCCCAACUCUGCGCUCUCAGCCUCCCUGCAUCUCUCCUGGCCUCCCUGCACUUCUUCCCGCCUCCCAAAUUCUCUGGACCUCCACCCUGGCCUCCUCCCAACUUCCAUUGUCUUGGCAUCUCUCAACCCUCAGUCCUCUCCUCCUUCCCUUAUCAUCUCCCCUUUCCUCUCCACGUCCCUCCCCCUUCCUCUUCCUGCCUCCUCAUCUCCCUUAAGCAUCCUCUUCUCCAACCUCCCGUCACCGUUUACUCUGCAAAAAUGACAGCACUUAGAUGAGGCUUGGGGGCGGGAAGCAGUGUUGGGAGAGGGCUCCCCAACCCCGGGCUCCGACUGUUCUCUGCUGGGACCACCCAGGGUCGGACACCCAAGGGUGUCUUGCAGGUCGUAGAGCUGGCAAGCCGGGCCUCGUGUGGGGACUCGGGCGAGGGUGGCGAGCACUGGUUCCGAACGCACGCAGGGGAGAAGGGAGGGACGCGGCGCUGACCCCUCCAGGUCAGCUGGAGUUGACCCGCCCACCUGGGCUUUUCAACCCCAGUCCACGAGUUUUUUCUUGAAGGUGUCGGGCUAGAUUCAUUCACGUGCUUCGUAACGAAAGAAUCCAAAAAAAUAGGACCAAAGCGCCCACUGGCAGGAGCGAGGGCGGGGCGGGGCGCUCUAUAAUUAUUUUCUAAGCUGACGGGGGAGGUUUGUUGCACGCGACAGCCCGCUGAGGAGGCGGGCACCGAGCUACAACGCGGUUCGGAUUUGGCGGGGUUUUUUUUUCCAAAAAAAAAAAAAAAAAACUAAAAUUCUUAAAAAAAAAAAAAAAACGGCUAUUAUCAAACUGAUUUCUCCCUUUUUGUAUGCCGGAUGCUGCAUGAGUCUGAAACACCAAUAAACGGAGACUGCAUGAGA